GCAUUUUUUUCUUGUUGUCAUGGAAGCGCAGCUUGUAAACAAAUCAAGAAAAAUAUUUUUUUUAUUAGUACUAUGCAGCUCCAGUAAAAUAGGACUAUUUUUUGCUGUGCAAAAAUGCGUGGCGUCCUCAAAUGGUUGGAGCGCAUAGAGUUCCCAAGUACCAAAGAUGGCGAGACCAGCGUACACAGCGUUUGCUACGCCCCGGAUGGCAGCCAAUUGGUGGUUGCCGCCGGCGAUCGUUUGCUCAUCUAUAAUCCCAGCGAUGGAUCACUCCUGAAUACGCUGAAGGCGCACAAAGACACGGUGAACUGUGUGGCGUAUUCACGCGAUGGCAAACGCUUUGCCAGCGGAGCCUCCGACAAAAUGGUCAUUGUAUGGUCGCCGCAACUGGAAGGGCUACUUAAGUACUCGCACGGCGAUUCCAUUCAAUGCAUGAGCUUCAAUCCCGUCUCGCACCAUUUGGCCUCCUGUUCGAUGUCCGAUUUUGCCUUCUGGUCGGCGGAUCAGAAGGCUGUGCAAAAGUACAAAAUAUCAGCUCGCGUAAAUGGCUGCUCUUGGACAAACGAUGGCCAGUACCUCAUCAUGGGCUUAGCCAAUGGCACAAUCUCCAUACGAAACAAGUUGGGCGAGGAGAAGGGCCGCAUCGAUCGGCCGGGUGGGCCGAACAGCAACGUUUUCAGUGUACAAUGUUGCCCAGCGGCCGGGCCAGGUAGUGUGGACACUAUUGCCGUGGUAGACUGGAGCCAAACACUCUCAUUCCAUACGCUCAGCGGUCAAAUGAUAGGCAAGGAGCGAACCCUGGGCUUUGAUCCCCUUUGUCUACAAUACUUUCCAAACGGAGAGUUCUGUUUGGUCGGCGGUUGCACGGGCGGCCUUUAUUUCUUCACUCGCGAGGGGAUACGAUUGGGAACUUUGGGCGACAGUUUCGACACGUGGAUAUGGUCCGUGGCGCUGCAUCCGAACGGGCAGUCCUACACCAUUGGCUGCCAGGAUGGAACGCUGGCCUGCUUCAACAUAGCCUCGAGUACAGUGCACGCCCUCUACAGAGAACGAUACGCCUUUCGAGAGAACAUGUGCGAUGUGAUCAUUCAGCAUCUGAUCUCUGGCCAAAAGGUGCGCAUCAAGUGCCGGGAUCUCGUCCAGAAAAUAGCCAUCUAUCGCAAUCGGCUGGCAGUGCAGCUGCCAGAGCGAGUGGUUCUGUACGAGCUGAGCUCUGGGGAGGAUCAACCAAUGCACUACAAAGUCAGGGAGAAGAUUCAACAGAAGUUUGACUGCAGCCUGCUGGUGGUCUGCGGUCGCCACAUUGUCCUGUGCCAGGAGAAGCGCCUGCAGUGCCUGGACUUCAUUGGCAUCCUGCAACGAGAAUGGAUAAUGGAUUCCUUCAUACGAUAUAUCAAGGUGACUGGCGGCCCAGUCGGCCGUGAAGGCCUGAUGGUGGGCUUGAAGAAUGGUCAAGUAUUUCGUAUCUUUCUCAACAACUCGCUGCCCCUGCUGAUCACGACAGCCGUCUCAGCGGUCCGUUGCUUGGACAUCAAUGCCAAACGUAGCAAAAUCGCUGUGGUGGAUGAUGUUGGCCGUCUGGUGGUGCGGGAUAUUGUCAACGACACCAUACUCUAUCAGGACACUGGUGUGAACAGCGUCACCUGGAACACCCAUCUCGAUACCAUGCUCUGCUACACUCAUACCACGGGUGGCCUAAGUGUGAGAGUCGGAAAUUUGCCGCCUCGAGCCCCGCAGAAUAUGCACGGCGUGGUGGUGGGUCUGUGUGGGGCCACUGCUUUCUGUCUGCGCGGAAAUAUAAUGCACAACACUCCACUGGCCUUGGGCUCCACCAUGUGGCAAUUCAUUGAGGCAGGCCUGUUUGAGGAAGCCUACCAGGUGGCCUGCUUGGGAGUGACCACCGGCGACUGGGAGGGACUGGCCCAAUCGGCCCUGGAAGCCCUGCAUAUCAAUAUAGCCCGCGAUGCGUAUGUCAAGGUGAGGAAUCUGCCGUGGCUCAAGCUGAUCAGCGAACUGCGGGACCAACAGCAACGUUCGGCAGUGCCCAAAGAGGUGCUUUUGGGCGAAAACUGUGCCUUUGCUGGGAAAUUCAAGGAAGCCGCUCGCUUGUUUCUCAAAUGUGGACAGUCGCCACGGGCUCUCGAGAUGUACACCGAUUUGCGCAUGUUCGAUCUGGCCCAGGAGUAUCUUAGAGAUGGCACUGAGCAGGAAAAGAAGGAACUUGUGCGCAAGCGAGCGGAAUGGGCCUAUUCCGUGAAGGAGCCGCGAGCUGCUGCCGAGCUCCUGCUUUCGGCUGGCGAGAAUCAAAAGGCCAUCGAUAUUGUGGCCGAACAGGGAUGGGCGGAUGUUCUCUACGAUAUCGGACGUCGCCUCAGCCUCAGCGAUCGCGAUGCCUUGGAAUCGGUGGCGCAGAAUUUGAAGACUCUAAAAGCCCUGCCCCUGGCUGCUGAAAUAUUCAAGAAGCUCGGGGACGAGGCUCAGGUGGUGCAGUUGCACGUAGAGGUUCGUGACUGGCCGGAGGCGUUUCGUCUGGCGGAAUCGUUGUCCGAGCUCCUGCCCACGGUGCACUACCAGCAUGGCCAAUGGCUGGCCGAAACGGAUCAGUUUAUAGAGGCACAUCAGGCAUAUCUGAAGGCAGGACGGACCAAGGAAGCCAAUCGCUUGCUGAAGCAGUUGAGCAUCACGGCCAUCGUGGAGGAGCGAUAUCUAGAUGCGAGCUACUUUUACUGGCUACUGGCCAAGCAAUCUCUGGACAUUUACCAUGCAAAGGAUGAACAGAAUCCAAUCGAUCAUAAUCUGGCCGAAUACAGAAAUCAUUUGCGCAUUGCCAAGGUGUACUAUGCCUAUGCCGUGAUCUACAGCUACAUGAAGGAACCCUUCACCACUCACUCGCCCGUCAGUCUGUUCAACGUCAGCCGCUUCAUACUUAAUGAGGUGGAGCACAAGGGCGUGCCCAAGGGUGUGAGCAUGUUCUCUGUUCUGUUUACCUUGGCCAAGCAGGCGAAGUUCCUGCAGGCCAACAAAUUGUGUUUGCUGAUCAACAAGCGACUGCAGUCACUCAAACCACCGGCCGGAGUUCAAGAGCAGAUUGAUCUAAAUUUCCUAAACAGCAAGGCAUGCAAAAGUGGCUUCAAUGAUCCCGAGGAGCUGCUGCCUCUGUGCUACAAGUGCUCUAACUACAGUCAACAUUUAAACAGCAAUUGCUGCCCGACCUGCAGGCAGGACUACAUAUUCUCGUUUGUUUCAUUUGAAAUCCUACCCCUAGUACAAUUCUAUCCCGAAGUGGAUAUAUCGGAUGCCGAGGCCGAGCGUUUGCUACUGGCCCCGGCCAAGCAUGUGGAGGAUUCAGAUCCCUUCAACGAAGAUGUGGCCAGUGCUUUGCCCUUGAGCUUGGAUCGGAAUGGCCUGCGUGCCAUAGAUCCAAAUCAUGUGCUGAUACUCAAGCGACAGGGCAAGAACGUACGAAAUGUCUACUAUCGCAAUAUUUUGCCCGAUCUACAAGUCACCUAUUGCCCACAGUGUCUGCUGCUCUUCUAUGCCGAGGACUUUGAGCUGCAGGUGCUACAAAAGGGAUACUGUCCGUUUUGUCACACAUCCUCGGAUAAGUUGAUGGAAGACUUUUGAGAAUGUACUACACGUUCGUUCAUAGAUAUAAGAUAUAAUUUCCGUCCAAAAUUGUACAAAUAGGAACACAUACGAGUACAAGCAAUUUCAAUUGA